AUGGCCGACUCGCAAAUCCACCUCAACGAAGACGACCCAAUCCCAUGGCCACUGUACAUCCGAUGUGUUUUUCGCGAAUACCCCCAGCCAGCUCCUUCAACCUCUCCGUCAGGCUCUGCUUCGGACCCUGUAAUCAUCCAAGAUGACGAUCCACCAGGCUCGGUCCUGAACCCUGUGGUCAUUCUGGACGAUGAACCCCUGAAUCUUCCAGCGGAACCACAAACUCCAGUGACAGGAUCAGAGCACCUAACGGAUAUUAUGCGGGAUCAAUCUCCCGCAUUAGAGAUCGAAGACACUUCCUCAGACUCUGGCUCAAGCUCAAUCUCUUCUCGACCAUCUUCAGACUCAGGUUCAACAUCUGGAGUAUUCUCGACUUCUCCUCCAGACUCAUCUGAUCCAGCUUCAACAACAGAGGCAUCUUCAACUUCUGAUCUAUCUCCGGAAUCUCGUGCUUCGUCAAUCUCUGAUGCUUCUCCUCCGACCUCACCAAGAUACAAUAUUCCGUACUUAGCAUUUAGGUGGCACUUUUCCUUAGAACGAGAAUCGCCUCCACGCCGGGAAGAUAGCUGUCAAGCUUCACCCGCUCGUGUAUGGAAUGAUACCAUCUGUUCAAAAUGCAGACAAAGGGGUCAUGUUGCCUCAGCUCAUUGCCGCCAUUGCAGUUUGAUUGGUCACCGUGCUUCCGAUCACUGUCGUACGUGCGAUCAGAUUGGCCACAAUCACCGUGAUCACUGCAUUCUAUGCAAUCAGGUUGGCUUCUGUGUCGUUGGUUACUGUGCCCGUGCCCACUGUAAACGGUGCAAUGUGACUGGCCAUGAUGAUACUCAUCAUUGCACUCGAUGUUCGUUGCUGGGCCAUGGUCAUUGGAAUCAUUGUGACGUGUGCGAUGUGGUCAAUUGCAAGACGGAGAACCACUGCUACGUGUGUGCACAACUUGGUCACAGCUCUCAAGAUCAUUGCGAGAAUUGUGAAGAGCUUGGCCACAAAGAUCGUGAUCACUGUUGGAGUUGCGGAGAAGUCGGUCAUAACUGGGAGUCGUGCUCUAAACGAACCGGUCAAGACCAGGGCGACUUUUGUUGGAUCUGUCGUAGCCAUGGACAUGGCAAGGAUGCAUGUCCUUCUCUGAAACAAUACAAGCUUCGUGCAAAGUGGGCAUUCAAACGGCUGCAAAGAUCGCGUUCAGCCCAACAUCAGCGUCGGUGCCAGUGUUGCCUAGAGAUUCGAGAGUCGAGAUAUUCCUUCCACCAGGAGCAUAAACUCAAAGACUGCCCAAAGUUGUCUCACAAAACUGCUUGUCUGGAGAAAGACCACCGCGGCCCAAAAUGCCAGGAGUGGAUUGUGAGAUUCUCCCGCGACGCGGCUACACAGGUCAACCUUGCCGAGUUCUCGACAAAUGUCGAGGUGGGAGAAAAGACCAUUGUUCCAGACAAUUCCAUAUCUCCCAGCGUCUUUACAACCAUCUCUUCGUCCACGCAAACCGCCUUUCCAGAAGUGCAUGUUGGUCGUAAGUCAUAUCAUUCUGUGGGGUCCGAGUGUCUUACUCUCAGUGCGAGUUUACCUGUUGCGAAACCCGCAAAGACUAUCAAGGAUUGCGAGGAGGGGUCUCAGCACCGCCAAGGGAACCGUCGAGAUGACUCGAGUUCAUCUAUCUCCAAGGAAGCAUCUGAUCAUCCUACACCAGGCCAUAUUCCGGAGACAUUCGAUGACAACCAGCAGGAAGAUGGCAAAGAUCCUGAACAGACGAGACUCGAGGCAAAAGCUCGUCUUCAACAAGAGAUAGAGACGGAAGUGCAACAGACCAUGCUAGAAGAGGAUGACGAGCCUGAUGUCGAGACCACGUCUCUGCACUCUCAAGACUCUCACGAGAGUCACCGUCCUACAAGCCCAAUCACCCCUACAAGCCCGUUCAGUUCAGAGUUUGAGAAGAAUGUUUUCAAAAAUCUGAAUGACAGCUUGUCACUUCUUGGGAGAAAUACAGAAGAGCAUCUGUCCGAGAGGGCUGACAUGCCAGUCUCGUCUACUGCCCCUCAGACUUCUGCCAGCAUGGAAGUUGAGCAACCAGAAAUUCAGCAAGACGAGAGCUCAACAAAUAGCCAGGAGAACCCGGAGAUUGGACAAGAGAAUCUGUUCGAGUACUUCGAUGUUCCGGCCGUUCGCUCUUCCUCUCCUGCUCCUUCCGAUCGCGAGUGCGGUCCGUUUUUCACGAGAGUUACCAUCACUGCUAUAGACACACCGAUGGUCUCUCAGGAUGUACCGUCUUCGCCUGCGCCGAUUGAAGUUAUGACUCGCAGCACUGUCAGGUGCCCAAAAUUACCCUCGGGCAAUUAUCUGGAGUUCAAUACAUGCCGCAAUGGCAAAAGCUUGAUCGAUCACGAACAGAAACAGAAUCUUCUAGGACGAGCUUCUGUCCGAAAGAGAAAGCACAAACCAAGAAAAGUGCUUGCCAACAAGAAACAGAAGCCGAACUUAAACUCGAGAAGUUCCAGUCCAACACUGGUUGAUACUACUUUGCAAGAUCACACCAGCAUUGGGACUAAGCUAGCAGUUUCGCUACCAGGAGGACAUCCUAUAUCGUGGCAGGAACUCUGCUACACAGUAAUGCUCGACGCACCAAACCACUCCUCCAACUUCAAACAACUCUGCAAUUUAGUCAGGAACUGGUUGUACAGCACCUUUCCAUCAAUUGGUUUCGAUAUCAACGAGAAGGACAUGAUGCAGAAUCUCCAAGCCGUCGUCAAGAACAGCCCCAACUUUGAGAUACACGAACAGCCUAAAGGUAAAAAGAAGAAAACCCCUAUCGAAGUCUGCAUCCGCGAAAACGCCAUCAAAAAAGUCAAGAUUGUAGUAUCUUGCUUCAGAGCAAAACUCGCACGACCCGUAUACUUUCACCACAUGUCCACCCAUCUCCUUCCCAGAUCAGAACUCCGUCCAGAACUAUCAUUCGAGAAUCUCAUCGGUAUGGCUCUACACGCACUACCUUCCAAACACGUCGAAGAAACAGAAAUCAUAAUGUGGAUCAGACGAAACAUACCAGGCUAUCAGACCAACCACAAGCCUAGUGUAUCUCUUUGCAAGGAUGGAGACAGUUGGGUGCAAAGGCUAAGGGAAGAAUUGCGUGAGUCUUCGUUUUUCAAGAUGAGAUCGAGGGAGAAGGGGGACGAAGUGUGGAGGUUUAGGAAGGAUUGUGCGGAGUACUUCAACAAGUGA